GAAGUCUAAAUAUAGAUGUAAAUAAAGUUGUGUCACUCCUGACACAUGAAGUGGUUAGGUUUCAAUAAUAAUUAUGUCUCACUAUUUAUUUCGAAAAUGAUUCUACACUCUAACAGCCUCUUUACAAACUGUCUCAUGUAAAGAUGCACAGCAGCGCAGUGUUGUGACGCGACGCGUCGCUCCCGAGGCAGUGAUGGGGCAGGCACCGAGUCUGCAUGCGGACGGGCAGGGCAGCGGGAGGAAGUCAUUCCGUCACACCUGGCGCUCUCCUUUCCCCCGCCGCUCCCAAACCCACCAAGGCUCGCUCAGCGCGGCCUUCAACUACAACGACAUCUGCUUGAAGGUGGAGCAGCUGAACAUCAACACUGCCAGCGAGGAGGAGCUCAUGACACUGCCUGGAGUCACUCGCGCUGUGGCACACAGCAUUGUCACCCACCGCCAGGCCAUCGGGGGCUUCAAGAAGGUGGAGGACCUGGCCCUUGUCACGGGCGUCGGCGCUGAGAGGCUGGACCUUGUGCGCCCAGAGAUUUGCAUCGGCCACCGCAGGAAUGCCAGCUGUGCUUCGUCGCGCACCCAGUCGGAGGACAGCUUGCACAGCGCGGGCGCCGAGUCGACAGGCCAGGGCGUGCCCAGGGGAUGCCACGUCGUCAACGUGAACACGGCGUCUGUGUUCGAGCUGAUGACCGUGCGCGGUCUGAACCAGGAGCUGGCCGCCAACAUCGUGGACCACCGUGACCGCAGGGGGCCCUUCUGCGCGGUCGAGGAUCUGCUCAAAGUGCGAGGGGUGAACCAGUGGCGCCUGGCGGCCGUGCGCUCCCAGCUGGUGGUGGACACGGACCAGCCCCCGCCUCCCUCUCCCGCCCAGCUGCCCAAUGGCGACCUCUCAGGGACCAAGAGCGCUGCCACGAGGGCUCGCCCGGGCGGCGUCUCCAACGGCUUCCUCCCCGGCAAGGACGUGUUCGACGUUCUGUCGCUGCACUCGCCCCGCCCUCCCGUCACGGACAGCUUCCGCUACUCGAGGAACGGCAAGAGCGCUUUGCGCGUGGCCACCUGGAACCUCGGCCACCUCACGCUCGCGAAGGUUGGCAACCCUGGAGUGCGGGAAACCAUCUGCCGGACCGUGCUGGAGAACAGGUUGUCUCUGGUGGCAGUCCAGGAAGUGGUGGAUGAGUCGUCUCUAGAGAAGAUCUGCGAUGAACUCAAUAACCCGUCUCUCCUGAAGGUCGCAGAGUGGCCGGACAAUGAGAAGAAAUGGAAAUUCGCAACUACUAAACCUCUGAAUGAUAGCGGCCAGGCGCUGGGCUUCCUGUACGACGCAGGCCGCGGGGCGGAGCUGUGCACGGUGCGAGAGCUGAACGUGGCGAUGGCUGGCUGCUCCUCUGGCCUGCCCGUGCAGGCUGCGCUCGCCACCUUCAAGCUAGCCUCACUGCGGGUGUGUCUUCUGAACGUGUUCCUGCGCAGCAGUGACCUCAAGUGCAUCAGCAGCAUAGAGCAGGUCAUCCAGCGACACGUCAAGCAGACAGACAUGUUCGUCAUCCUCGGCGACUUCUCCGGCCUCGGCAGGAACAAAGGGGCGGACGAGAUCCAGAGGUUGCGCUACAAGUGCGUUGCGCCCAUGAGCACGGAUACAAGCAGCGGCUGUGCCAGCCGACCCUUGGCGGACAACAUCUUCCUGAACCCAGAGAUGCAGCUGCAGUUCACAGGAGAGUGGCAGGUGGUGCGCCACGGACUGCGUCACCUGGCCAUCCCAGCCGGCUGGACAUGGGGCGGAGCUGCCAGUGACCACUGUCCUGUGUGGUGCGAGGUGUACACCCAGCCCGUGCUGGCCGAGGUGCCCGGCUGCCAGCAGACCGCCUGAGUCUCCUCACACCCGGCCCGUGCUGGCCGAGGUGCCCGGCUGCCAGCAGACCGCCUGAGUCUUCUCACACCCGGCCCGUGCUGGCCGAGGUGCCCGGCUGCCAGCAGACCGCCUGAGUCUCCUCACACCCGGCCCGUGCUGGCCGAGGUGCCCGGCUGCCAGCAGACCGCCUGAGUCUCCUCACACCCGGCCCGUGCUGGCCGAGGUGCCCGGCUGCCAGCAGACCGCCUGAGUCUCCUCACACCCGGCCCGUGCUGGCCGAGGUGCCCGGCUGCCAGCAGACCGCCUGAGUCUCCUCACACCCGGCCCGUGCUGGCCGAGGUGCCCGGCUGCCAGCAGACCGCCUGAGUCUCCUCACACCCGGCCCGUGCUGGCCGAGGUGCCCGGCUGCCAGCAGACCGCCUGAGUCUCCUCACACCCGGCCCGUGCUGGCCGAGGUGCCCGGCUGCCAGCAGACCGCCUGAGUCUCCUCACACCCGGCCCGUGCUGGCCGAGGUGCCCGGCUGCCAGCAGACCGCCUGAGUCUCCUCACACCCGGCCCGUGCUGGCCGAGGUGCCCGGCUGCCAGCAGACCGCCUGAGUCUCCUCACACCCGGCCCGUGCUGGCCGAGGUGCCCGGCUGCCAGCAGACCGCCUGAGUCUUCUCACAGCCGGCCCGUGCUGGCCGAGGUGCCCGGCUGCCAGCAGACCGCCUGAGUCUCCUCACACCCGGCCCGUGCUGGCCGAGGUGCCCGGCUGCCAGCAGACCGCCUGAGUCUUCCCACACCCGGCCCGUGCUGGCCGAGGUGCCCGGCUGCCAGCAGACCGCCUGAGUCUCCUCACACCCGGCCCGUGCUGGCCGAGGUGCCCGGCUGCCAGCAGACCGCCUGAGUCUCCUCACACCCGGCCCGUUCUGGCCGAGGUGCCCGGCUGCCAGCAGACCGCCUGAGUCUCCUCACACCCGGCCCGUGCUGGCCGAGGUGCCCGGCUGCCAGCAGACCGCCUGAGUCUCCUCACACCCGGCCCGUGCUGGCCGAGGUGCCCGGCUGCCAGCAGACCGCCUGAGUCUCCUCACACCCGGCCCGUUCUGGCCGAGGUGCCCGGCUGCCAGCAGACCGCCUGAGUCUCCUCACACCCGGCCCGUGCUGGCCGAGGUGCCCGGCUGCCAGCAGACCGCCUGAGUCUCCUCACACCCGGCCCGUGCUGGCCGAGGUGCCCGGCUGCCAGCAGACCGCCUGAGUCUCCUCACACCCGGCCCGUUCUGGCCGAGGUGCCCGGCUGCCAGCAGACCGCCUGAGUCUCCUCACACCCGGCCCGUGCUGGCCGAGGUGCCCGGCUGCCAGCAGACCGCCUGAGUCUUCUCACACCCGACCCGUGCUGGCCGAGGUGCCCGGCUGCCAGCAGACCGCCUGAGUCUCCUCACACCGGCCCGUUCUGGCCGAGGUGCCCGGCUGCCAGCAGACCGCCUGAGUCUCCUCACACUCGGCCCGUUCUGGCCGAGGUGCCCGGCUGCCAGCAGACCGCCUGAGUCUCCUCACACUCGGCCCGUUCUGGCCGAGGUGCCCGGCUGCCAGCAGACCGCCUGAGUCUCCUCACACCCGGCCCGUGCUGGCCGAGGUGCCCGGCUG